AUGUCCUUUGGGGCUCCCUUCCCGUGGCGCUGCAGCCUGGCCCUGACAUCUUGUGCUCUCCUUCUCUCUGCCCUGCAGAGGUACGAAGCGGAGGCCGGCCUCGACGGAGGCCGGGAGAGCUGCUCCUCGCUCGCCGUGCCGCCCUUCGCCAAGGAGCUGCACGUGGAGGUCGUCUGCUCGCCCGCGUACAGCGCCGCGGGCCUCUACGACCRCAUUCUCUACAGGCACUUUGGAACGCCUCGGCUUGUUCAAGAGGAAGACAUUAUAUGUAUUCCAACAUUUGGAUGUGCUGAUUUUUUAGAAGAAAAUUCAGACAGAUUUCUUAGAUGGCCUGAGCUUUACUUCAAAGUGAGGAAGAUUUUAGGCAUGGUGGAAGGCGAGCAGUCUGAGGGUUACCUGGUGGACACCCAGCACACAUCUCUGUAUCUGGUGGGAUCAACCAACAGUGCUGUCCCAUCUUCCCCAGCCUAUGGCAGCCACGAGCUCUGGAGCAGUUUAUCUCCUGCUGGACUUUCUGAUGUUGUGAAGCAGCUCUGCGGUGCUCUUCAGCCUCACCUGAACAGUUGGGGAGCUGCGCUGAGCGGGGCGGGCAGCGUCCUCCUCUCAGGACCCAGUGGCAGUGGGAAGCUGACGGCCGUCAAAGUCGUGUGUAGCUGCCUUAACCUUCACCUCCUCAAGGUUGAUUGUGUUAGUUUGUGCGGUGACAGCAGUGGAGCCACAGAGGAGAAGGUGCAGUUGGCCUUCACGCGGGCCCAGCAGUACCACCCAUGUCUGCUUCUACUGAAGGACAUAGAGGUGCUGGGCAGAGACCGRGAUGGGCUGGGAGAGGACUCCAGGGUCAUUGCUACGCUGAGGCAGCUGCUCCUGCACAGAGAUCCUGCAGCGAGCCACCCCGUCUUGGUGAUUGGCACAACGUGCAAGCCCCGGGAUGUUCCCACAGACGUGCAGACUGCUUUCCUGCACGAGGUGAAAAUUGAAGCCCCUUCCGAAGAGCACAGGAGGUCGAUGCUGGGGGCGCUGACCGCCAGCCUUCCUCUGGGCAGAGAAGUGAGCCUCGCCACGCUGGCCCGCAGGACGGCGGGGUUUGUGUUGGGAGACUUGUGUGCCUUGCUSUCCCACAGCAGCCGUGCUGCGUGUGCCCGCAUCCAGGCUCUGAGUUUUCCAGGUGGACUGAGUGAGGAAGUGGAGAGAGAUUUUUGCACUGCUGGCUUCCCUGUGCUGGAGGAGGAUUUCAGUGUUGCGCUGGAGCAGCUGCAUGAUGCCCAUUCGCAGGCAGCAGGAGCCCCUAAGAUCCCCUCCGUGUCCUGGCAGGACGUUGGUGGGCUCCAAGAGGUGAAGAAGGAGAUUCUGGACACUAUCCAGUUGCCCUUGGAUCACCCAGAGCUGCUGUCCCUGGGUCUGUGUCGUUCUGGCCUGCUGCUUUAUGGCCCUYCUGGGACAGGGAAGACCUUACUGGCCAAAGCCGUGGCGACCACGUGCACUAUGACCUUCCUCAGCGUGAAAGGGCCAGAGCUCAUCAACAUGUAUGUUGGGCAGAGUGAGGAGAACGUGCGCGACGUGUUUGCCAGAGCCCGGGCAGCUGCUCCCUGCAUCAUCUUCUUUGAUGAACUGGAUUCCCUGGCCCCAAAUCGUGGACAGAGUGGAGAUUCAGGGGGUGUUAUGGACAGAGUUGUCUCCCAGCUCCUGGCUGAGCUUGAUGGACUUCAUUCCACCAGAGGGGUGUUUGUCAUCGGAGCUACAAACAGGCCUGAUCUCCUGGACCCAUCGCUGCUCCGGCCAGGAAGAUUUGACAAGUUGGUCUAUGUGGGCAUCAAUGAAGACCGGGAGUCGCAGCUGCAGGUGCUGAGUGCUGUCACCAGGAAGUUUAAAUUGGAUCCCUCUGUGAGCCUCCCCAGUAUCCUAGAAAAAUGCCCCGCUCGGCUGACGGGYGCAGACAUCUACGCGCUGUGCUCAGAUGCCAUGAUGAGCGCUGUCAAGCGCAAGGUGGAGUGGAUUGAGGAAGGGCUGGACACAGAGAGUUCUGCUCUGGUGCUGACCAUGGAGGACUUCCUGCAGGCGGCCGUGAGGCUGCAGCCCUCGGUCUCUGAGCAGGAGCUGCUCAGGUACAGACUGAUCCAGCAGAAGUUUGAUGCCUGCUAAGCCCCAGCAGAGCUGAAAGUGGAGGAGAUGAAACUGUAAAGGACACAGGAGACCUGAGACAGAAACUGUGACCCUCUUCCCAUUGCUCCUAGAACCUCUCUGGUGCCUGGCUGAGCAAGUCGCCAUGCCCUGCAAUGAUGCUCAGUGCGGUGCUGGGACCCCUGUCACUGCCCAGCACC